UCAGAACGCUUUUCGCCUCACCGCGGCCUGCCUGAAGCGCUGAGGCGGCGAUGGCAGGCCGGCAGCGGUGGUCGAGGGGAGCCGCGGCGCCCUGGCUGCUGCUGCCGCUCCUGUUGCUAUGGCGCGCGGAGACGGCGCAUAUCAAGAAAGCCGAGGCUGCGGCCUCCCCGUCGACGGCGAACGCCUCGGCGGCCGGAGCGAACUCGGCGAUGCACUACAUGGACCAGGCCGAGCUGACGGCGUCGCUGCGCUCGCUGGCGGAGGAUGAGGCUCCGCCGGGCUUGGCGCGGCUUUUCUCCAUCGGCCGCUCGGGCGAGGGGCGGGAGCUGUGGGUGCUGCGCCUCAGCCCCGGCCUGCCGGAGGUCGAGACGGGUCCCGACGCCGACCCCGGCGGGCCCUCCAUCCCCGGCCGGCCUCAGGUCAAGCUGGUGGCCAACAUGCACGGCGACGAGACGCUGGGCCGGGCCCUCCUCGGCCGCCUGGCCCGCGAGCUGGUGUCGGGCUGGCUGCGCGGAGACGCCCGCCUGCGCCGCCUCCUCAACGCCACCGACCUCUACCUCAUGCCCAGCCUCAACCCGGACGGCUUCGCGCGCGCCGCCGAAGGGGACUGCGCCGGCCGCAAAGGGGCGGGCGGCGGGCGCGAGAAUGCCCAAGGCAGGGACCUCAACCGCAGCUUCCCGGACCAGUUCCAAGGCGCGCCGCCGGACACAGCCGCCGCCCCCGAAGCGCGCGCCCUCAUGGAGUGGAUGCGGCGCAACCGGUUUGUCCUUUCUGCGAACCUGCAUGGGGGCUCUGUUGUUGCAAGCUAUCCAUAUGAUGACUCUGCUGUGCACCAGACCUCUGGGUUGUAUAGCAAAUCUGCUGACGAUGAAGUCUUCAAGUACUUGGCAAAGGCUUAUGCCUCAAACCAUCCAAUAAUGAAAACUGGUACCCCAAACUGCCCUGGGGAGGAGAAAGAAGUUUUCGAAGGAGGAAUCACUAAUGGUGCUCAGUGGUACGAUGUGGAAGGUGGCAUGCAGGAUUAUAACUACGUGUGGGCCAACUGCUUUGAGGUCACCUUCGAGCUUUCCUGCUGCAAAUAUCCGCCGGCAUCAGAACUUGAGCAGGAGUGGGAAAAUAACCGGGAAUCUCUUCUCACCUUUAUUGAAAAAGUCCAAAUUGGGGUCAAAGGAUUUGUCCGGGAUUCUGUCAGUCAGGCUGGCUUGGAAAAUGCAACUAUUGCUGUGGCUGGGAUUGCUCAUAACAUCACGACCGGUCGUUUUGGUGAUUAUCACAGAUUGCUGGUUCCUGGGACCUACAACAUCACAGCAGCUGUUAUGGGUUACUUGCCAGUCACUGUAGUAAACGUUGAGGUGAAAGAAGGGAAUGCAACUGCAGUGGACUUCUCCUUGGAACCGACAACAGCAGUGCCAGUCUCUGAUCUGAUCCAGGAUACUCUGGUACCUGUCACAGACUCUGCUCCAAAUACUACUAAUUUGACCUCUACAGAAAGGCCAACCCCUGCCCAUCAAGUCAUUCAGCCAAAGGACUUCCGUCAUCAUCACUUCCCAGACAUGGAAAUCUUCUUGAGGAAGUAUGCCAAUGAGUACCCAAGCAUCACCCGCCUCUAUUCAGCUGGCAAGUCAGUGGAGCAGAGAGAGCUGUAUGUGAUGGAGAUAUCGGACAAUCCAGGCAUCCAUGAAUUAGGUGAACCAGAAUUCAAGUACAUCGGGAACAUGCACGGCAAUGAAGUGGUGGGCCGGGAACUGCUCCUUAAUCUCAUCGAAUACCUUUGCAAGAACUAUGGAACUGACCCUGAAGUAACAGACUUGGUUCAGAAGACUCGAAUCCAUAUCAUGCCUUCUAUGAACCCCGACGGCUACGAAAAAUCUCAAGAAGGAGACAGAGAGGGGACUGUUGGCAGAAAUAACAGCAACAAUUACGACCUGAAUAGAAAUUUUCCAGAUCAGUUCUUUCAGAUUUCAGCCCCCCUGCAGCCAGAGACAAUGGCUGUCAUGAACUGGCUGAAGUGCUAUCCUUUUGUCCUGUCUGCAAACUUGCACGGAGGCUCCCUGGUUGUUAAUUAUCCCUACGAUGAUGGCCAACGUGGCAUUGCCACAUACAGUAAAUCCCCAGAUGAUUCCCUGUUCCAACAAAUUGCUCUUUCCUAUGCCAAGGAAAAUGUGGAAAUGUACCAGGGUCACCCAUGUCCAGAAAUGUAUCCUGAUGAAUACUUCCCUCACGGUAUCACUAACGGAGCUCACUGGUAUAACGUUCCAGGUGGAAUGCAAGACUGGAAUUACGUGAACACAAAUUGCUUUGAACUGACCAUUGAGCUGGGCUGUGUCAAGUACCCCAAGGCAGAGGAGUUGCCCAGGUAUUGGGAGCAGAAUCGCAGGUCUCUACUUCAAUUCAUUAAGCAGGUUCACCAAGGUGUCAAAGGGUUUGUGUUGGAUGCCACAGAUGGACAAGGCAUCUUAAAUGCAACGGUCAGCAUUGCCAACAUCGAUCAUCCUGUCUCCACUUACAUGGGCGGAGACUAUUGGCGCCUGUUAACCCCGGGGACUUACAAGAUCACGGUGUCUGCUCGGGGGUAUAAUUCAGAAACAAAGAUUGUGAAAGUAGGUGACCAGUCUGCAGUGCAAGUUAACUUCAAUUUGACUCGAGAAGAUUCCAGAAGGGAGGAAGGGAAAGUCCCUGACAUUAACAUGGCAGAUGCCAGCGACCCAGUGGCCAGGGAGUUUGAGAUCCUGAUCAAAAACCUGUCAGCUGAGAAUGGGAUGGAACACCUUCUGACUUCCAUGGCAGACGUCCUACCUUAUAGGUACCGCCCCUACAAGGAUCUGUCCAUGUUCCUUCGAGGCCUGAACCUGAAUUACCCUCUGAUCACAAACCUCACGAGUUUGGGCCAAAGUGUUGAAUUUCGUCAGAUCUGGUCCCUGGAAAUCUCCAACAAACCCAACCAAUCUGAACCAGAGGAGCCAAAGAUCCGUUUUGUGGCCGGCAUCCAUGGCAACGCUCCAGUUGGCACAGAACUACUCUUGGCACUGGCUGAAUUCCUCUGCAUGAACUACAAAAAAAACACGGCCAUCACGAAGCUGAUUGACAAGACAAGGAUUGUGAUAGUGCCAUCCCUGAACCCAGAUGGGCGUGAGAUUGCUCAGGAGAGAGAUUGCAGUUCAAAGAUAGGGCAUACCAACGCGCACGGCAAAGAUCUGGACACCGAUUUCACAAAUAAUUCCUCCCAGCAGUCUGGUGUGCGUGAACCAGAAACCAAGGCCAUCAUCGAGAACCUCAUACUGAAGCAAGAUUUCAGCCUCUCUGUUGCUUUGGAUGGAGGGUCACUGCUUGUCACUUACCCCUACGACAAGCCAGUUCAGACAGUCGAGAACAAAGAGACGCUGAAACAUUUGGCAUCUAUGUAUGCAAACAACCAUCCCACCAUGUACCUUGGGCAGUCCAGCUGUCCAAACAAGUCAGACGAGAACAUCCCAGGAGGCGUGAUGCUUGGGGCAGAGUGGCACAGUCAUUUGGGCAGCAUGAAGGAUUUCAGUGUUACGUAUGGGCACUGCCCGGAGAUCACCGUGUACACUGGCUGCUGCAACUUCCCAGGUGCAGGACAGCUCCCUGCUUUGUGGGCAGAGAACAAGAAAGCUCUCCUUGCCAUGCUUGUUGAGGUUCACAAGGGAAUCUAUGGGUUGGUCCAUGACAGGCAUGGGAGGCCAGUUUCUAAAGCAGAAAUUGUGCUGAACGAAAGGGUGAAAGUCUCCACAAAGGAAGGCGGCUAUUUCCAUGUGUUGCUGGCUCCUGGCUAUCAUAACCUUCAUGCCAAAGCCGAUGGCUAUCAGCAGCAGCAUAUUCAGGUCUUAGUUCACCAUGACAUGGCAACUUUUGUGCACAUCCAGUUUGAUAUGGACAACAAGAUUUUUGGUUUUCCAAGGGAGUUGGUGGUCACAGUAGCAGGUGCCACCAUGUCGGCUCUGAUCCUCACCGCCUGCAUCAUCUGGUGCGUCUGUUCCAUCAAGUCCAACCGGCACAAGGAUGGCUUCCACCGCCUCCGCCAGCACCACGAUGACUACGAGGAUGAGAUCCGUAUGAUGUCCACAGGAUCAAAAAAGUCCCUUCUGAGCCACGAAUUCCAGGAUGAAACAGAUACUGAGGAGGAAACACUGUACUCCAGCAAACACUGACCCAUCUGCUGGCAGGGGGGCUCCCUGCAGGGACAGAUACUGCAACACUGAGAAUUUCUGAAGCGGCUGACCUGGUUCACACAAUCCAGAACCUUUGUGGAUCACUCUCAUUCCUAUUUAUGCACAUGGAGGCCCUGCUGUGCCACUGGCUGCUUUUCCAGUGAGAAUCUGAACAGGGACUCUCUCAGAACUGGUAUUGGUAGCCUGGUUGCUUGCAGUCCACUCCUGGGAAACAGAGCCGCUUGGUAGCAUUUUGCCUGUGAGUCUGAGAAUACUCACUCAAGGGAAAUAUGUUGUUGUGACCGCGAUUCUUUCUCUGAGCUGUUAAAGCAGCACAAUGGUGGCUUCAGAACUUCCUUCACUUCUGCCUUUGUUCAAAUACAGCAGUCUUGCUCCCAUCUUGGGAGAAUAAAACAUCUUCUGAUAAAGGACUUCAGAGCGCAAACAGCUGGCAGGUCACUGGCCACAAAGAUUACGGGACAGGAUUGUUUUAUCCAAAUGUGAGAGUCUCUGAGGCUGCAGCCUUGUGCAAAAUAAAAGCCAGUACGUUUGUUUUCACUUGAAUUCUUUUGCACAACUACUGAUUUUGAAAUAUCUACAGUUUUCCAUGUGAGAAUGUAGAAUAGCAAAAGAUACUUUUCUGUACCUAACAGGAUAACUUCCAUACUGCCUAAUAUUAGCUCAUACCAUUACCAGAAGCCAGAUCUCCCAGAUGGAAUUUUUUGCGGCUCCUUUUUUGGAGUCCACCUCUGUGCACCUCUAGUCUGGAAAUUCUUCUUAAAAUGGCCUCCAAAUAAACGUAUUAACCUAGAUACUACUUUGACAGUGCAUAGGGCCACUUUUACGAAAAUAAAUCUUCCCCAUCAUCUUGUCUCCAGGCCAAAGUUGUUACUACAGAUCUCAGCAAUUCUGCUGAACAUGGAGUGGUUUCUGUUGCUGUCCAUCUGCAGUGGUCCUAUUUUAGACUAGAGCCCGUGGUUCUUGUGCCACAGGUUCUGAGGUACGUGUCAGUCUAGACUUUUCCUCAAAGCCCUUUUUGUUUGUAGUGGGAAAAGAGAGAAGCUGUUGAACCACAAAAUCUGUCUUAGAAGGAUAAGCUGUCCAGCUGUGUCAUUUUAAAAAAAAUUCCACAUUUUUAACAUCUUGUUUUGUUGAGGGAAAAAUCAGAAAUCAGUUGAAGGAAUUGUUAGCCUUGGUAAGCAAUUAAGGUAAUCUGCUAAAGAAUGAAAACUGACUCCCAUGUAGCGGGAAUGGAGAUAACUUCUCAAAUGCUUCCUGGCAAGGACAGAAGGCUCGCAUGUUGGUUUAUGAUUAGAUAACAGACUCUUUCCCCAUAGUGUAUAUUGCCUCCCUAUCUUCCAUAAGCGCUUGCAAAGGAGACUGAACUCUACGCAAAAUAAGCAAGUGUCCGUUCAUUGGCAUGUGGUGACUAAUAUCUUUUACCUCCACCUCAGGUGAUCUGAAACUCUCAAAGUCUGCCUACGGAGAUUCUCUUUGGUGUCCCAAGCCUAAAACUAAACUAUCUAACAAGAUGAUUCCCAGCUUGCCAACAGUGUGCUUCUCUGAUGUGCUUGGCAGCUUUGUUUCUCGGUUCAGGGGUUCUUUAAAAGAAUACCUUUAGCCUCCCUUCUGAAAUGUGAGAAAGGUUAAGUUACUAUGAACUCAUAGUAACAUCCGAACUUUGGCCUUGAUUUCCAGCAGAUGGCUAGAUGGCUAAAAUUUGUUCUGUCUACAGACGUGUAAUGGUCAAAGCACAUGUUUAAACAAUAUAAUUUUAAUCUUCUAUUACUUCAAAUUUUAAAUUAUCGAAUCAUAGUGUGGGGCCAGUUUUCUGCAUUUUAAAGUCUACGCUCUGUCUCCAUAGAUUCUGUGCAGUGUGACGGCUACCAUAUUAGAUUAGACUAGCACCAUCUAGUUUCAUAACUCCCUGCUCAGCCAUGAAGUGCAUCACAUGAACAUUGGGCUAGUUGAUGUUUUUCAUCCUAACCUACCUUGCAAGGUGAUUUUGUGGCUGAAAUAAGGGGAGAUAAUUUUAUGAACAUUAACCCUGGAAGGACAGGAUUAAAAAUGAUAAUUAGGAGAUUUUAGGUAAUGGAAAUGAGGCAGGAAACCAAGUGCCUGAGCCUGUUAAUAAUAGCUGGAGGUUUGACCCAUUUAUUCACACAAAGAAGCCUGUUGUGGGUUUCUGUGACAGGAUCCUAGUCAUAUUCUGCCUUAAUUGAUCUUCAGGGUGUGGGUUUUUUUUGUAUCUGGAGCCAUGUAAGCUUUCUUUUAAAAUUGUAGAUUAUCAUUUCCAAACGUCGAUUCUUCCUGCCACAUUUCAGGCUUUGCGGGAGGGUUUUUCUAAUGCAUAUCACGGUUUCCCCACAACCUUCUCUAUCAAGCAAUAAGUGGUGGCUGAACAUCACACUGGUCCUUUGAUUUGCUUACGGAGCCUGUUCAACAUUAGCUAGUACUGCAACUCUGAAGUAAUUUUUUCCUUGCUGAUGGGGACUUGGCAACCCCCUUCUGGCAGCGAUUGAUGCACAGUUUUUAGUCUGAUGAAAGGACACCUGCCCAAGCUCUUUGUGUCUGUUGCCUUUCCACCUCAGUGUCCGCCACUCUUGGCACCAAAGUGGAGCCUGCAGCUGCUUUUAUGUCACUGACCUUCGAUCCACACACAGCGUGCCUUUUGAAAACAGAUUUUGCAGUGAGGCGCUUGAAUGGAGAAUGACACCCAGUUGGUGUAGCUGAUGACAAUUUUGUAUCUUUUCCCACACUGACAGUCUCAUCUGCGUGUGUGUAUUGUUUUGUGUGUACGUUGGGAUCUAAUCAUCUGUAUAAAACUAUUUUAUGAUG